AUGCUGUACUCCCUGCUGCUGGAAACCCCAAUGCUGGCGCCGACGCUGGCUCGCGCUGCCACCGCUGCCUUUGCCAACGUUGUCAUGCGAGAGGUGAGCCUGUCUUUGAAGGCCUGCAUGUGGCGCAUGUCCGCGGGGGUAGCGCUCGACUGCCUUGCGGGUCUCGGACGUCUCCUUGUCCUCGCCACGCUGCUGCCGUCCACGCUCUUGAGGUCGAUGACGUGCCUGAUCUGGCGCGCUGUGGUGCCCUCGCAGAAGAUGCACUGCCUUGUGUACCCGAAGAAGGGUUCGGGCGUCUGCCCGACGGCCGUCGUCGUCGACGAUUGCGCCUGCGAGAGCGCCCGCGAGCUGCGUCGGACGCCGCGCCCGGCGCCGGGCGGCGCCCCGGGCGCCCUCGAGGGGCGGGCGCUCGGCGCCGCUUCGGAGGGGCCCGGCCUCGCCGACAAGGCGCUGGAGGCGGCGGGGCACGCGGCAGGUGAAGAGCUCGGCGAUCGUGGAGUGACCGAGCUCGUCUCGUGCCUCUGGCUCAGCCCCGCGGCGGGAGCGGCCUCCGCCUCCGCGGUGUCUGCGGGCGAGGGCGGCACGGCGGCGCCUCGCGUCUUCUGCGAGCAGGUCUUGGCCGACGCCGGCGCGGCGCUGCUCGCCAGCACGCCGAAGCCCAUUGGGGCAUCCGUGCCCUCGGAGGGCUGGGCGGGAGGCGAGCUGGCUGGCGCUCGCCCUCGCCAGGAAGCGGCCCUUGUCGACGCUGCAGAGCGUCGUCGCCCUCUCGUGGCACAGGCCGAGGGCACCAUCGGGGAGGGUGCGGAGGAGUCGUGCCCGACGGCGGUUGUUGCUGUGGAGGCUUUCCAGGGUCAGCGGUCCAGCGUCAGUCUGAGCAGCAGCUGUCUGGCUGACGAGGGCGUCUGCGACACCGCCGGUGAGCUAGAUCAGCUGCUGAAGGAACCGAAGGAACAAGAGGAGGAACAAGGUGAGGAGGAGGAGGAGGAGGAGGAGGAGGAGGAGGAGGAGGAGGGUGCGGAUGCGGUCGAGGUGGCGGGGCAUGGUGAGGGCGAGGGCUGUGGCCCCGCGGGCAUGCCCAGCCCCUCGGCGGGGGCGGCCCCUGUGUCCGCGAUGGCCGCGUACGAGGGCGGCAAGGCGGCGCCCAUUCUCGACGAGCCGGUCUUGGUCGACGCCGGCGCAGCGCCUCUCGCGGGCGGCGAGCUGGCUGGCGCUCGCCCUCGUCAGGAAGCGGCCAUUGUCGACGCUGCAGAGCGUCGUCGCCCUCUUGUGGCACAGGCCGAGGGCACCAUCGAGACACCAUCGAGGACGGCUUCCGCGGACGUGGGCGGCACGGCUGCGCCGCUCUUCUUCCAUGAGCCGGCUCUGAAGGACGUCGACGCGGCGCUCCUCGCGAGCACACCGCAGCCCGUCAGGGCGCUCACUCCUUCGGACUGUGCGGUCGGCGACCUUGUCGGAGCCGACCCUUGUCAGGACGCGACGCUCGUCGACGCUGCAGAGUGCCGUCGCCACCUCUUCGCAGAAUUUGAGGGCACCACUGGGAUCUGUACAGAUGCUUCGACUCCGACACCGGGUGCUGCUGGCUGUCUCGCUGACGAGGGCGUCUUCGACACAGCCGGUGAGCUGGCUCAGCUGCUGAAGGAACCGAAGGAACAAGAGGAGGAACAAGGUGAGGAGGAGGAAGAGGAGGAAGAGGAUGAGGAGGAGGAGGAGAAGGAGGAGGAGGAGGGUGCGGAUGCGGUCGAGGUGGCUGAGCAUGGUGAGGGCGAGGGCUGUGGCCCCGCGGGCAUACCCAGCUCCGCGGCGCGGGCGGCCCCUGUGUCCGCGAUGGCCGCGUACGAGGGCGGCAAGGCGGCGCCCAUUCUCGACGAGCCGGUCUUGGUCGACGCCGGCGCAGCGCCUCUCGCGGGCGGCGAGCUGGCUGGCGCUCGCCCUCGCCAGGAAGCGGCCCUUGUCGACGCUGCAGAGCGUCGUCGCCCUCUUGUGGCACAGGCCGAGGGCACCAUCGAGGAGGAUGCGGAGGAGUCGUGCCCGACGGCGGUUGUUGCUGUGGAGGCUUUCCAGGGCCAGGGAUCCAGCGUCAGUCUGAGAAGCAGCCGUCUGGCUGACGAGGGCGUCUGCGAGACCGCCUGCGAGCUGGCUCAGCUGCCGAGUCAACCGAGGGAACACGUGGAGGAGCAAGGGGAGCAGGAGGCGGAGGAGGAGGAGGAGGAGGAGGAGGGUGAUGAUGCCGCUGCGGAGGCCAUCCAGGAGCAGCAGCGGGAGUCCCGCGGGGCAAGCCGCCUCGUCGACGAGGGCGUCUGCGAGAGCGCCGACGAGCUGGUGCGGCUGCUCGGGGGCCCCUGCCGCGCGGGCCCGGCGGGGGCUCGGGCGAGCUUCUCAGGGGAGGAGCAGCACCCCGAGCGGAGGGGCCAGGGCGCGAGCUGGAGUGGCGUGCAGGGCCUGGGGCCGUCGGGAGAAGCGCAGCGGGGCCAGGUCGAAGAAGCUGGCCGCGGCCAGGAGGCGAUGUCACUCUUGGCGUGCCGUCGCAGGCUGCCCUGCGAGCAGGAGGAGGGCGAGGAGGAGGGUCAGGGCGAAGCAGCGGAGGAGCGCGGGCCGCGUCAAGAAGAGGCGGGCUGCAUCGCCAGCUCCGACGUCCUCGGGUUCAGGUGCGGCCCUUCCCGCUUGCCCUCUGAUUCGUCUGCCUUGCAUCCUGUUUUGCGCGUGACCUUGCUGCAUUCAGGAGGGACAACAUACAGACACAAAUAAUCGCCGAUACCCAGGAACAUCUACGAAGCGGCGGGGAAGACACGACUCAAGAACACGUGGAACACUUGCUGCAUCCUGGGAUCCGUGUCUAUUGAUGUGUGUGUGUGUGUGUGUGUCCUCGGGCCCCUUCAGUGUAUCCGGUUUUGCGCCUGACCUCUUGCGGCAUGCCCGUAUCCAAGAGCCCCUCCGCUCGAGUGGUACUGGUGGGGCGGACGAGCGGGGGAGCCGGGAGGUGCGCCAGGGGCGGCCCGGCGUCGACCCAAGACAUCCGCGCGGGCCUUCGAGCUGCUGUAUUGCUGGUGGCGGGUGUGCCCUCACACGCUGGUCGUCGAAAGUAACACUUCAAGAGCGCCUUCCUGCUUCAAUCGUCCAUGUGCUCUGUCGUUCUUUGCUAUGCUGUGGGCGGGCCCGAACCCAAUCUGCUUUGUCCGCC